ACAGCUCCUGACUUCCUUCAUCACGCUGGAGCAGAACUUUGGCCGUCCAACACUCGACAUCAGAGGGGCUGUCUCGGUCUGGACAGACGCGAGUUGUUUUUGGGCCUCAGACGGAGCUCCAGCUGGCAUGAACUUGAUAAGUGAUGUGUUUGUGGAAAGCGCGGCCAAGCUGUGGGAGCAGAGAGAGUCGCUGUUGGAGAAGGUCUCCAGUUAGAGCAUUUCCUGAAGCGGGCCUGUUGUUCUGCGGCAGGACGGCUCAGAGAGAGCACGGCCUGCACGCUUUAGGACGCCUCAGCAGGCCCCUCUGUAAUUACUGGCUUCUCUAAUUGAGCGAUUAAGAGGAAGAAAACAGAUUACUGCCCUGUGGGAGACCCAGAAAUGUGGAGAGGUGGAAUGCAGGGGACCGACGCAUGAAGGGGUGAGCAAAAAUGGGGUCUCAACAUCCUUCUCCUUUCUACCUCACACCUGUCUCAACAUCUGACCCUCCCACUCAGUUUAGAUCCUGGAGCUCUUUGAUCGCUUUAAACAACAAACGAGCCGCUACUCUUCAUCAAAGCGGACCCAGCAGCACGCGGUCUUCAUCAAAACAUCCAGAAGGAAAUCAAUUCACCCCGCCUUCAUCGAAAAAUACUGAAGAGAUUAAAGAGGGAGGGGUGUGUGGGGCGAGGGGCGGCUGAGGGGAGGAGAGGGCUGUGAGAGCUGGAAGAGGUCACCAUGAGAGGAAGAAGUGAAAGGAAAGCACAGCAUGGAUGCAGCGCGUGUCUGCAGCAGCACCAGGCUGACCGUCCUGCAUCCUUCAGACACUUCCCAGGAGCCUGAGGUCAAGCUAGCAUGUCUGUUUCCAUGGCAACACAGAGGUACCUAUCCCUGAACGGGACAGCGACCCCAGUGACCCCCGUGAGUUCGAACGGCACAAGCAAUGAGAGGGACGCGCUGCUGGCCGUGGCUGAGGUGGUGGUGUUAGCCGUCAUCCUGGUGAUGGCGUUGCUUAGCAACGGGCUGGUGCUGAUGGUGUUGCUACGGCAGGGGAAGCGCCACAGUCCGCUGCACCAGUUUAUGAUCAACCUGUGCGUGGCUGACCUGGUGGUGGCGCUGUUCCAGGUGUUACCCCAGCUGGUGUGGGACGCCAAGGGACGCCUUCCUGUUUCUGACUUCUUGUGCCGCCUGGUGAAAUACCUCCAGGUCCUUGGGAUGUUUGCAUCCCCGUACAUAAUUGUUGCCAUGACGGUGGACCGCCACUAUGCCAUCUGCUGCCCCCUGCAGGCGCACCGCAGCUGGACCACAAAGAGGUGGAACUCGCUCAUAGCUGUGGCCUGGGGGCUGUCGCUGCUGCUCAGUCUGCCUCAGGUUUUCAUCUUCUCCCGCUCAGAGGUGGCUCCAGGUGUGUAUGAAUGCUGGGGUACCUUUGCGGAUUCCUGGGGGCUGAAGGCUUACGUCACAUGGGUGACGCUAGCUGUCUUCAUCCUCCCCGUCCUCAUCAUCGCUUUCUGUCAGGUGCGCAUCUCCAGGGAGAUUCAUCACAACCUGUACCUGAAAUCAGAGAGCCGUCCGUCCAAGAAAUCCAUUUCCCACAGACCGGACAGAAAUACCCAGGAAGGAGAAGGAGGAGGAGCAAAGAGGUUCUGUCUCCCUCUCAGUGUUUCAUCUUUACUGUUUAAAGAUCAUAGGAGGUCUGACAGCUUUAACCCAAGAUCCACCUCACAACACCUCCCAAUGGGCCCAACCAGGCCCCCCAGCAGAGCUUCACGGAGCGAGACUCCUUCUUUAGUUUCAGCCCUGCCGCCUGAUCCUGGGGCGCCCCCUGCUGUCAGCUCGUCUGAAGCCCCUCAGGGGGGACAGGUGACCGCCGCCAUGUCAAAGACGGUGAGGAUGACCCUGGUCAUCGUCGUGGUCUACUCUCUCUGCUGGGCGCCCUACUUCACCAUGCAGCUGUGGGCCGCCUGGUGCCCUGACCUGCCCCAGAAAGAUCCAACGUUCACUCUGCUGAUGCUGCUGGCCAAUCUCAACUCGUGCACCAACCCGUGGAUCUACUCCGCUUUCUCCAGCAGCGUCUCACCUGAGCUCCGGCUGCUGCUCUGUCGGGGGAGCCUUCAUCACAGAGGCUCCUUACCUGGAGAAUCCAGUGCCACGCACACCUCCAACAUCUGAGGCACUGGUGUUAGAUGAAGAUUUGUUUUAGCUUCAUGAUUGUAACACUGAGAGAAAAUCAGUGUAAUGUCAUCAUUUAUAACCUAUGAUAGUUCUGCACUGGAUGAAACAGGAGUUAGAUGGGGAGGAGGUCGCUGAUGUAGUCUUCAUCAUUAAACUGUCGCCUUUUAUCGUCAUUAUUUGGCGAGAUUUAUUUGUCAUCAGCAUUUCAUGUGAGUAUAAAAUCAGAUUGUUAUAAUUUUAUUGAUUUAUAGGCAGCACAUGUAGAAUGUAGCUGAACUUUGCUUUUUUUGUAUGAUCAACUUCAUAGGCAUCAAAUUAUCUUUCAAGAGUUUUUUUCACUUUCAAUUUAUGCUGAUUUUAUUCAACUAAAACGUAUAAAAGGAACACCCUGUUAAAUUUGAUGUACUGUGGGUCCUAUUAGACAGAACUCAUUCUGCUUUAUUUGGGCUUUGUGUACAUAAACCUCGAAGAUUGAAAAUUCAUUGUCCGAAUUCCCACUCUAACCCCUAACUACUAAAAAACUAUAUAUUGUCCUGGAUUUUAAAUGCAAUUCGGACUCCAUGCUCACUUCUUUUUCGUUUUGCUAAACACCGGAUAUGACGUCACCAAUUUCCGGAAGUGGAAAUUGGACAAAUACAAACAUUUCACGACGUCUAUUUCGGACCCCAGUUUGUUGUGAUGAUCAAAAUGUGGAUGUUUUAUUUAAAAAAAUACAUUUAAACAUGUUUUUUGCAGAUAAAUUGUUCAAACGUAGUGCAUUGUGGUCUAUAUGCGCUAUUAGUGGGAUGAGCAUGCUCAUAGACAUAAAGAAGAGCAUGCUAGUUAUUUGCAAAGACUUCUGGGAAAUUUGUAGUGCACUCGAUUUUGGAUUUGUAGAUUUGGACAUCACUACAAAAUGGCAAACAGACUAUUGAGUAACAUAAGGAACAUCCGCUCUGUUUAGAAAUACUUUUGAUAAAUAAAAAGGUUUUUAAAAUUUGGCUCACACUGGAUUUAGAUGUAAAAACCUUUGGAACAUCUGAGCCAGCAGGGGGCGCCAAAGAAUUUUUAAAAUGAUCUUGUUUCUGCACAUCUGUAACUGUUUCAUAUUUAUCUACAUUUUCUGUACAAUUAAUAAAGAACAAAAAUG